AUGUUUCUAGUUAAGUUUCCCACGUCCCUCAAGACAGGAACAGCGCACUCCAUCCUGCGGACCCUUCCACUAUUAGACAACUUUCGGGAGGAAUCAGAAAAGCUGACUGUUACAGACCUUUUUGCUUUCCAAGGCUCGCAAACCCAUCCGAACCCGAAGCCUUUGCUCCCAGAUUUUAUUGACAAUUGGCCCACACUCUCCUCGGAGUCAGUCACAGCGUCCAUUGGCUCCCCUUCUCACAACAAGCUGGAGUCUACGAGAGAAAUCCUAGACGAAAAGGAUGAUUCCAAUUUGGAUAGCAUUCUCUUGGCGACCGACAAUCUGGGGCACCUUUAUUGUUUUUUGGAUGGUACUUUCCCUCUUGGUGUCAUCUCUUUACGCUCAGAUGCGUCUUUUGCGUCUAUUUUGAAACACCCCCUGCGCCCUACCCUCUUUGGACAUAUCCAGACGUCCUUGGGGAAGACCAUUAAUACGCAAGUACACUCUCUCAUCGUCGACAUCCCAUCAUUCGGCAAAAGAAAGGUUCGAGACUUCGCUAUACUAUCAUCGACUGCUCGUGAGCUUGUUUGGUACAUUAUGAGAAUUGUUAAGGAGAUGCGUGCAAUUUGGUUCGGGUCGGAAAGUACGAGCGGUGCUCGUGAACUCGGACCAAAGUGGGUUCGCGCGCUAGAGGCGAAACAAAAGGAUCAAUUUGGCUUAGAAGAACCGACUCCAAUAUUAGACUUGACCUGCCUUUUAACCACUGGAAGACCCUCUGACUCUUUGUUGGACUUUCUUGCAAGUGGCGAACAGAUGAGCGAGCGGGGUAUUCAGAAGUGGGAAUCCACGAUGACUGAGGCGUUGGUGAAGCUGCGGGAUUUUUCCGAAAAAAAGGUUGCCCCUGCAUAUCAACGACUUCAUCUAGUCUUAGAGGAACUUCAAGGUUGGGCAAAACUUUCGCAGUAUAGCCUGUUCGAAUUACCGUCUGAAGAUCUAGAUUUUUGUGUGGAAUCGGCGAGUAGAGGUAUCGUGGUUGCAAGCUGGCUUACCGCUGUUUCCCGUCGGGAAUUGUCACGCUUUAGGGAGUUUAUUUUAUGGCUUCGUUUUGAAAUUAACAACAUAAACUCACUAAACGACAACAUUUCUCGCCACGACAUCCUAGAAGUCAAUAACUACUUUAAAGCUGGACUGGUUGUAAGCUCGAUCGAUAAAUGGUUCCUAGGUCCUGUGCCGCGCUUUCUUCCAGAAGAUUUGGGCAUUCCGGAACGUGGCGUAUCGUCUCUUGCACCUAUGAUAGAGCGGGCACGUAUCGUUGCAACGAAACCAUUGGUCUGGCAAGGGAAUGUCACUCAUAAAGAUCUUGGCCACCUGGACAGGAAUCUCGAUGCUUUGAUACACGACUUAGCUGUACGAUGCAGGCGCAUCUUCAGCUGCGCUGCUGGGCAAGCAUCUGGCUCCGCCACUGUUUCAGGCGGACAUAGGCCGGGGGCAGAGCGGUCGCUGGCCUCAGGAAAUGAAUGGAAGUCGAGUUUUUCCAUACAUGAACGGAUCACCAUGAACAAGAGUGGUGAAAUAUUGGAGCACCUUGUGGGAUCCCUCAGUGGAGGUCACAGCCCUUUGCUUCUGGUGCAGCUUCGCUUUAGCAUCGAGGCAUCUGGACUACCUCUCGAAAUCGGAGUUGCACUUCUUGAAUGCCAUCUUCCCGAGGAAGGACAAGAAGAAAGCCAACCUGAUAUCGAAAUACUAGAAGCCGACUUCUUCGAUGAAGAAUCCGUUGUAAUUGUCUACCGCCUUCAAACGAGGGAAACGACGCUCGAUUACAGUGAUAUGACCUACCAGAAAUUUCCGUGGGACGGCCACGUAAGGCUUCCCGACCGCGAAGAUUUGAUGCGGGAUGUCCUGAAGAGUUGGAAGGAAGGUCAGUUGUCGUCAGUGCGAACCCCCAUUAAAAGGCGCCGUGCGUUAGCGGGUUGCAAGGAUGGCGUGCUCCCUUUAUCGAUGCCCAAGUCCAAUCCAGCAGCAUCUCCCUCGACGGUACAUCAUUUGCAGUCCAAACACGCCUCGGACGAGCCGUCAUCACGUCUCUCCGACGUCGCCCUCAGGAAAAAAAAGAAUGCUGACGCACAAGCUGCUUUCAGAGCCAGGCGAGCCAACUAUAUUGCUACCCUGGAGGAGACAGUUACAAGCUUGGAAUCUGUUGUUCUUCAGUUGCAGGAUUCCUGUCGGGAGUCUCGCCAUGAAACUCAAGAAUUGAGACAAGAAAAUGCUCGUCUGCGUCAGGAAUUUCGGGAUCGCGAAAAAGUGUGGAGGACGCUCUGGCAGUCCAGAAAAGCAGACCAGGGUGUUGGAUCCGACGACGUGCCCCCGUUGCCACCACCAUCUAUCGCUUCUCACCUCCAAACAAGUAACAUGAAUCCACAUAUAGGAUCUACUCAGAUUCAUCAAUAUGCUGAUGAUGAUAUUGCCUUCAGAGCUAACGAGUCGCCCGCGUGCCAAGUUCCUUUUCCUGGCGCUUCUGCUAAUCACGGCUUCCCUGCGCCUCCUCUUCCCUAUGCUGAGCCAGACCAUGCGGGUGAUGGAGCAUCUCUAAACCACCGUCCUUCGAAGUAUGACACGUAUCCCUAUCCCAUGGCAGCAUCUGGCAGAGAUGGACGCUGGCAUCUCCAUGCUAGUCUUCACCAAACUGGAUCUGGGGGAGACCAGUCACCAACGCUAACAACUUCUGAGCCUUUUUCUAGUCGAUUUUCCGGAGACGAGCAGAAAGCUGCAUUGAACUCAGCUCUAGACACUGCACCGUACGCCUUUCCUAACGGUGAACGAUAUGGACUUAACGUGGGUGACAGCAUGCCCAACAGCAGAUCGAUGUCGCCAAUGUCGUCAACACCGGGUUCAUCUUCAUCGACCCUGGCGCCGCCUUUCCAAUUUACUUUCCCCGAUACGGCUCUCGGACAAGAACGUCCCGAUUUUGAUUACCGCCGUCACUCACUUCCCCAUGGUACCGAGGUCACCCUGCAUGGAGGCACCGCUGACAUCUCCCUCGCCGGGCCCGCCGCCGAUGCUGUACGCUAUAGAGUCGGUUCGCGCAGAUUCGUCGCCAGUGGCGAUGACCGUCAGCUUCUACCUAGUCUUCGACCACUCUCAGGUAGUGAAACUGGAUCUCAGCAUGAUAAGGCUAGCAGUGACGGUGAUUCAACGCCGUAUAUCAACGGGCGACGGCGUGCUAGGCGUGACACACUUCCCUCUCGAUCUCCUUCGCCCGCCGGCCCUGCACCACUUUCUUGUACAGUCGCCGUGAUAAAAGCGCAGGCAUUCGGUGCACUACGCCGAACUCGCGCGCGGACUAAAAAAUCGUCAGAGGGCGCUGCAAAAGUUGCUAUGGAUGUCUUAGAGGCUCGGGGUAUUGGAAUUGGAGUCUCUCCUGGUGGAAAACGUCAACGAAUCGAAGAUGACGAUUCCUUACUGGGGUCAUAA